AUGAGCGCCCUCAGCAGUUACAUCGCUCUCCUAAAGGUCGCGCUACCCAGAAUUCCCCUCGUUCUCAAGACCGUCUUACUUCAUGGCCUUCAUCUAUCCCCCGGCUCGGGGAAACAAGAUCUGCGCACCGAAUUGAUCGUGGUCGUCAUCCGGUCUUUCAUGGUUUCUCUUCUGCCCGUGGGCCAGCAGCAGAAACGCAGCAUGCGCGAUCCGGGCAUCAAAGGGCCCAUGUGGGUGUCCAAGGUCACCUUGCCACAGCCAGAUAAGGAUGUCGAGCAAGCUGUUAUCAAGGCAAUCGAAGAUUUGAAACUGGGUGACAUAACAUACAGAAACCCCGGUGUUGUUCCCGUUGAAGCCGAAUGGACCGGCUAUCGCAAAGGCGUUGGGAAGAACGCACCGCAGCCUGAGAUCUCGGAGGAAGACAAGUAUCGCGAAUUGCGGAAAGAUGCAUCGUCGGAUAGUGUCAUUCUGUACUUCCACGGCGGUGCAUACUAUUUGAUGGAUCCUUGUACCCAUCGCAUUCCAGUUUCUCGUCUCGCCAAAUUGACUGGAGCUUCCGUUCUCUCCGUCAGAUAUCGUCUUGCGCCUCAGAAUCCUUUCCCCGCUCCGCUCGUCGACUCCUUGGUCGCAUAUCUUUCGCUCAUUGCUCCCCCACCUGGGUCACUGCAUGAGCCCGUGCCCGCCAACAAGAUUGUCUUCUCAGGCGACUCUGCCGGUGGGAAUCUCUGUCUGGUGUUGCUGCAAACCCUAUUGACGCUGCGUCGCAUAUCCCCAACCAUCCGCUUCCAUGGCAAGGACAUCCCCAUUGAGCUCCCCGCAGGCGUAUCGACCACCUCUCCCUGGUGCGAUAUCACACGCUCCCUGCCAUCCGUGCACAAAAAUGCCUCAUUCGACUAUCUCCCUCCUCCCCGAUCCUCGGAAAACCCAUUUCCAUUCCCUGAAGACGAACACUGGCCCUGCGACCCCCCACGUGUCGACCCAUACGUCCACGCCAACACUGUCCUACACCCGCUUGUCUCUCCGGUAGCCGCUCGCAGGGAUCUCUGGAAAGACGCACCCCCGGUCUUCAUCAAUGUCGGUGAAGAAGGACUGGCGGAUGAUGGACUCAUCAUGGCCCGCAAACUGCACCAGGCUGACGUCCCUGUCGUCAUCGAGCAGUUCGAAGGUAUGCCGCACUGCUUCGGCAUGAUGAUGGUCAACACCCCGUCGGGAAAGCGCUAUUUUAAGGGUCUGUCGGACUUUUGUCGUGAUGCGGUGGCCGGCCGCGUCAAGCCAUCCGGUAACAUGACUUAUAUUGGGUUCAAGUUGCGGUCCACGCGGGAAAUUCCUCUGGAUGAGCUCAACUCCGACUUGAGUGAUGACGAGGUCUUUGAAAGAAUAAGCAAGAGUGGCUUAGCGAGAGGAGAGGGAGAAAAAGCAUACUUGAAGCAACUGACACAAAAGGCCAAGCUUUAA